UUCAAAACUAAAGACUGCGUGAAGCUCGAAAAAGCGAGUGGAUGGAGCGUGACUCCUUGUAACAGUGGUAGAAGUUGUAGUCCCAUAAAGUUUGUUCUUGUAUCAUCUGACCUUCUUCAUGAGCUAACUUUGUCGUCUUGGGAUUCGCCUCUGCCAGCUUAUUAGGCGUCUUGUUGAAUAAAUUCUUGAAGAGAAAAGUCAACACUCAUUUCGUCUUUGGAAACUUCCGUAAACAUAGAAAGGCCACCUGAGAAAGGAAGGCCUAUCCUCAUAUUUUACUCUUUUAUCUAAUUGGUUUAAAUGUGUUAGAUAAUAUUGGAAUAAAGAACGAUUCUCGUAAAAGUAUUGUUAUAGUAUCAACUGCAUUGUGUAUUUUCUUUUUAAAAGAAAAAUAACAAUUAAAACAUCCAAAUAAUAAAAUACAAUUGUUAAACAAAGUUUCGCCUAACUUUUGACACCUGUUCUAAAGGUAUUCAAAGACGCAGGACCAAUGUGUUAUUUUGUACCAGAUCAUCGUGACAAAGAUAUGAUCGCGGACCCUCUGGAAUAAUCUCGCGAACCUUUGGGAGUUCUCGGAUCCCAGUUUGAGAAACGCUGCACUGGUGACGCAUGAAUACCCUUUUUCAUCUAAAAAAAAGUUGAAUUGUUCUUAAGUUCUUUUUUAUAGGUUACUUAUGAAAUUCAGUUAAACAACAACAACAAAAUGCACCACCAAAUGACACACGAGGAUAACAGUGGAGACACUGUUGCAUCAUCUAUAUUUCCACCUCGAUCUCCAGGAGGUAAGUCGGUGUUCAGCAGACUAUCACACCAUGCUCGUCCAAAGACACUGAAAGUUAUGGUGCUAGGGCUAGCAGGAGUAGGAAAGUCAGCUCUUACGGUUCGAUUCAUUACCAAGAGGUUUAUUGGAGAUUAUGAUCCAACUUUGGAGGAUGUUUACACCCACGAAACUAGCGUCAACAAUGAGUCGGUUAUUUUUCACAUUCUGGACAGUGCAGGCCAUAGUCACGAUACCGAACCAUUCUUUUUGGAGUCCAACAUUCGCUGGGCUGAUACAUUUAUUUUAAUGUAUUCUGUAACCGAUAAAUGCAGUUUUGAUGAAUGUAAUCGUCUAAAAUUUCUUAUCAACCUUUAUAACAAGCGUUGCCGGAUUCUGGGAACUCAGUUAUUUCCGGGUCAUUUCACCGACGUUCCUGUUUUGUUGGUUGGAAACAAGGCUGACCAAUAUGGCGACAGAAUGAUAUCAAGAGCGGAAGGAGAACGCCGAAGUCAUGAAAUCGGCUGUGUGGGCUUUCACGAAAUAUCAGUCCGAGAAUCAAUAGAUGAUGUUGAAAGGGUAUUUAGGGAUCUUUAUCAGAACUGGAAAACUUGGAAUAAGACAAGCAAAAUGAGACGUUGUUCUAGUGAUGUUGGAACAGGACAGUCACUUAAAAGGCUUCCGAUCGCUAGUAAGACUCCACUGAUGAGCUUUCAGGAAGAAAAACCUUUUGUGAAACCAGUCAAGAACCUUCCUGAGCAAUCAAUUCGACCCUUGAACGAUUCGGUGCCGGCCAAGUUCCGAGAACGAGCUUGUACAGAUGGAACAAUACAAACAUCCGCUAGAUGGCGAUUUAGGACAACUAGAUUUCACAGCGCCGCCAGCUCUCCUCUUCAGACUCGCAGAAUGAGUAUAAGCAUGCGUGGAAGUGAAUCAAACUAACGUAAAGUCAACGUUUUUAUUUAUCCUUUACGCAGACUUAAGUGUAUGCUAAGCUAUAAUGUUAUUAUUUUGCCAUGAGGUUAACAGCAAGUAAAAAAAACAUUCUUUUGCGAAUUGCUUGUCUACUAUUAAUUGGAUAUUAUUAUAUAAAUAUUUGUAUAUUCAUGCACACAUAUUUAUAAAUUGCAGUAUAUUUGUACGGUGAGGGCUAUAUAUUCUUUGUUUCAUUAGUUCUAAAUAAGAUAAAUAACCAGUAGAUGUCGUUUAAUAAGUGAUAAAGCUUUUUCUUAACUUCGAGUGAAAUGCAUAGACGCUCAUAUGUGGCAUUUUAAUUUUUUAUUCGAAAAAAUGUAUGUAUACAGAGAUCACAAUAAAGAGAUAUAACUAACUA